AUGCUCAUAAUCCGCUUUGUUCUGCUGGUGCUGAUUCUCGUGUUCUUCGUCAUUUCUCUCGUUGGCACGGUACCCCUGCCCCUGUACUCGAACAAAAUUACGAACUACAACCAGGAUGGAAAGGUGGAGGUGUCACUGUGGAACAUUGUGGUGGGCAAGGUGACUGUGACGGGCGAGAACUCGACAAAUGUGCCGACCUCUAAGCCAGUCCGCAUCAACUACGCCGACUGCGAAGAGUUUCGCGCUACGUUCCGAGCCAUGCAAGCCUUCGCGAUUGGCGGCACUGUCUUCGGCUUCUACGCCCUGCUCGUGUCCUGCUUGCAGUGCUUCUGUCGCCUGAAGGUCAAGCUGCCGCUGUUUCUCUUCCUCUUCAUGGCCAUGCUUUGCGAGCUGUGCCUCGUCUUCAUUGGCGGCGUCGCGUACAGCAAGGAGUUCUGCAAAAACCUAGACAAGAACAGCAGCUCCAUCACCGUCAUCUUCAAGGGAGCGGGCUACAAGUUCGACACAGCCUUCAUUCUUCAGGUGGUGGCACUGACGGGGUAUGCGAUCUGCACCAUCAUCACCCCCUUUACCCAGCAGCUCUGGUGCGGCAAGUGCUAA